AUGGCGCCUCGCGAAUCAUUGCCAGAUUGCUGGACUACAAAAAUACAAGGUGCGGAUAUUGAUAAUGGAAGUAUGCGAGUGAGACCUUCGAGGCUCGUUUCAGUGUCUUCGAUGCUCGGAUCUGGAGUAGGGGCAUCAAGCAGGUCGAGUUCGAGGUGGAAGCAGGAGGCUCACGAUCUUUUUGGACUAAAGCGGCUGGCUCGAGCCUAUUUUAGAGGCGAGGAACAUUACACAAAAGAGGAUGUACCAGAUUAUGGUGUGAUGCGGUUCCCUCCAAAGGGCACAAGGCUCCGCAAGAACCAGACCUCGAGCGCAACUUUGAUUAAGCCGAAUUGCCACGCACCACAAACAACUGAUGGAUCAAUGAAGCCACUUCUGCCACAAAAAAAGCACUGUUAUUCGGUGUCUAUGGGUUCUUUGAUCGAGGGCCGAGACGUUAAUGUCAAACCAUUAAAAACCCCUGUUGCCGUCGAAUCUGGGGAGAACGUGUCGCAGUUUGGAGACAUUAAAGGUUUGAAGAAGAGUACACUCAACAGUUCUGCUCUACUCAACAAGCACCACGUCAACGCAGCUUUCUUACAGAACAGCCACCAGGAUUCUGAGAACGGCGAAGAGAGGGUUGUAGAGAUCUUGGAGCUUCCGCAGGAUGUUGGUAUUCAAAGUCUGCUCUCACAGGUUUAUGGAGGCCCGCUCGAAAAAGUCAAUGUUUCAAAGGAUCAAAGAGGCGCGCCAGCUAGAGGGGCGCGACUGCACUUUUUGUUCAAUGAAGAUGCCAAAAGCUUUAUUUCCUACGGGCUCUCGAAUAAUUUCAGAAUAAACGGACACAUUGUCAAACCGCAAUGGGCACCAAAAUCCACUUGUAGCCUAUCGAACAUGAAUUUCGAUGAAGUCAAGGACAUGGUGAGUGCGAAUGCCUGCGCUGGAAGGCAGGAAGGGACGAGGGCUAGGCGAUGCAUAGUUGUGAAGAAAACAGGGUGCACAAAGUCCCCUCGGUCAAGACAGUUGCACUCAAACCGUCAAAACCUGUGUUCCUUUGACUAUAAAGACCUUCGCAAGGACUUUGAACAGUUCGGCGAAAUCUCAGAAAUAUCUCCUAUGAUAUCACGCAAACUUUGCGUCUCCGUGAGCUUUUACGAUGUAAGGUCGGCAAUCAACGCUCUGGAGAGCUUCGGGGAGCCUGAUUCUUUUAUGCAUAAAAAAUACAACCGAGACUGGACGAUGGCGUAUGGCCGGGACACCACCGACCGGGCAUGCUAUCACAUGUUUUGA